AUGGACGUGUCUCUUCCCAAAUUGAGACACGCGUUGGACACCAUUUACGGGACUUCUGGUGAGAAUGGUCACACGCCAAAGUGCGCCUACAUUUCCGGAGUGUACGGAAGGGCUCUGGACAGUGACGAGCAGAUCGGCACAAAGUAUUGGCUGGAUAACACGCGUGACAGCGUGAGAUUUGUGGAGGCGUCUCAGGCGGCGUACGGCACGGGGUGUCGCCAUUUCCUAGAAAUUGGGUCCCAGCCCGUCCUCAGCGCCCUACUCAAGGCGAAUACGGAUGGCCAGGACGCAGCGGAGGCAGUGAGUUGUUUCCCAUCCAUGCGGAAGAAGGAGGAGGAAUGGACGACGGCACUCACGACGUUGGGCGCACUCUACGUGGCUGGAGUAGACAUUGAUUGGAAGGAAUUCCACAAGUUUUAUCCGGGGAGGAAGAUCAGGCUUCCAUAUUACCCCUUUCAGAGGAGGAGACAUUGGUUCGAGCCCCCGAGGCUGAGGGCAGGAGGAGGUCCGGCCGAGAAAACCCUUCACCCGCACCUGGGCUCCCUCUUCCCCACUCCAACGCCCACCAAGAUCUACCACAAUGUCAUCCACCUGGAGCACAGCCAAUACUUGGGCGACCACGUUCUGGGCAGCCAUGUCAUUUUCCCGGCGGCCUGCUGGCUCGAAAUGUGUCUCUCUGCUGGGCAGGCAUCCACGUUGGCGUCCUUUGAGGAUUUCUAUGCCCCUGUUGCCCCCAUCGUGGUGGAGCAGAUGGGAAUCUCAGCCCCGAUGGAGGUCAAGGACGGUGGUCACGGCUGCCAAGUUCAAACCAUCAUCUCCCCCGUCCUCUCGUCGGAUGCAUCUUCCGACCCGGGAGAGGGAGGCGUGGGAUGGUCAAAUGUGGAGAUUUACAGUCAACAUGGGGAGGACAUGGGAGCGAGAAAGUGGGUAAUUCAUGCCACUGCCAAAUUCAGCUCUGUUGUCCUCGAUAAUUUAAAUCCUAAUUUGGGUGGAGGUUUUGGUGGCGAGAACCUCGUGACGAUUCAGAGGCGCAUGUCGACGAGUACGGUCCAGAGCACAGACAAAUUUUAUGACAUGUUGGGACUCAUGGGACUUAAUUUUGGGCCAGUUUUUAAGAGCCUGCAACGAUAUCAGAGUUCUGAGGAUGGGGAAUUUCUCGUAGAGGUCAAAGUUCCGGAUGCAAAGGACGAAGGGUUCUUGACGCACCCAGUCGCAUUGGAUGCUAUGGUCCAGGCCCUCAUGUUGGACACGACGAGCACGAGUGACACUCGCCUCCUCAUUCCAGUCUCCAUCGGGAAGUUCGUCUGGUUGGCCAAGGGGACCGGAAGCCAGAAUCAUAUUCACGUGUUCAAGGAGACCACGGGCGAAGGUGGAAAGGUUGCAGUGCUAUUUGACGACAAUGGGACAAAGUUGGGAGUCAUGAGUCGAGUUCAGUUCAUUCGUGCAGAUUUGCUCAGCAUCACGAAAUCUCUGGAGAAGCAGAAGCUCAACCUUCCAGCCUUGUUUGAGGAAAACUGGCGAACCACGCCAGCUCUGUCCCCCACAUUCUGCGAAACCCAAACAAACCCGACGUGGUUAAUUUUUUCUGGAGAGAACUCCUUGGGAGACAACGUUACACGAAAGCUGAAACAAUGCGAUCGAUCCGUACUCGUAGCCAGGCCAGGCCAAAACUACUCCGACCUUGGGAAUGGGAUCCUUACUUUGAAUCCCAGAGAGAAGGAGGAUGUGAGGAGAGCACUUUUGGCCCACGAUGGUCUCGGAGGUGGUGGGGGUCUGGAAGGAAUAAUUUACUUGUGGGGACUCGAUCCAGAGAAAGUAAGUCAGACGGACUUCACUCAAGGCUUUCUCCAUUUGGAACAAGUCGUGCUGGAAUUGCAUACGACGCCAUUGCCGAAACUGGUGGUGGUUACGACGGGCGCCAUUUCUGUCGGGGACGACGACGAUGCCAAACUCCCUCAUGCCGGGACGCUUUGGGGGAUGAGCAAAACGCUGCGAAGUGAACACCCAAACCUGCGCUGUAAGUGUGUCGAUGUGGACGUGGACGUAACAUCGGAAAUGGUGGACGCACUGUUCAACGAGCUGUGGACGGAGGACAAGGAGUUUCAAGUCGCGUAUCGAAGUCGAGAUCGUAUCGUGAGAUAUGUGGCACGAUUGACGUCGGUCACCCUGACGCCGAACCCUUUGUCUUUUCCGAGUAACACGGACAGAUUCGCCCUCGUACUCCCAAAAACCAAAGCGAUCGGAGACCUCAAGUUCGGUCCAGUUCCGAAAGAGCAACUUUCUUUGACUGAGAACUUCGUGGAGGUGCGCGUGAAGGCGGCGGGACUGAACUUUAAGGAUGUGCUCAGCGUGCUUCAACCUGAUGCCCAGUUUGAGACUAGUAGCUCCGUGGGGGCGGAUUACUCGGGAGUUGUGGUCAGAGCUGGGCCGGCAGUGACGAAGUUCCAGGUUGGAGAUGCCGUGUUGGGGUGCAAUUGGGAAGGCCAAGCUCUGCCAAGUCAUGUUUCCACGAGAGAGGAGUCCAUCGUCGCCCUCCCGAAGGAUUGGACCUUUGCGGAUGGGGCGACUUUGGCGACGGCGUUUGCCACAGCCUUCUACUCUCUCGUCAGGGUGGCAGGGUUGAGGAAGGGGGAGACUGUUCUCAUCCACACUGCUUCAGGAGCGGUGGGCAUUUGUGCGAUACAAAUUGCACGCGGGAUUGGAGCCCAGAUCAUCGCCACGGCCGGAAGUAAGCGGAAACGAGCCUUUUUAUCCAACACGAUGAGAGUGGAGCACAUCUUCGACUCGAGAACGUCGAGUUAUGGGAAACAAAUCGAGCAGGUGACGGCGGGUCGUGGCGUCGACAUGGUUCUCAACUCGUUGACCAGCCCAGGUUUCAAGGAAGCCUCCCUCGCUGCUUGCUCUCGAAAUGCGAGAUUUGUGGAAAUGAGCAGGCUGAAUAUUUGGCAACCCGACGAGGUUUUCCUGCUCCGACCGGAUGUCAAAUACACAACUGUCGAGCUGAGUGAGUCCAGCGUAGAACUCUGGAACGACUUGUUUCUCAAUCUGCACAAUUUCUUGGCGGAGGGGAAAUUGGAACCCAUUCCACACACGCGGUUCGACGCUGCCCACGUGCGAGACGCGCUGACGUAUUUACAGAGAGCGAAGCACGUGGGGAAGGUGGUGUGUGUCAUGCCCGACACGGUGGAAGUGACCUCGGAGCGCGGAGGCACUGCGGUGAGAACAGUUCAGAACAACUUGUUCAGUGACCGUGCGAGCUACCUGAUCACGGGAGGCUUGGGCGGGAUCGGACUAGAGCUGGCGAAAUGGAUGACUGAUUUGGGAGCCAAGUACGUCGUUUUGUGCGGAAGACGUGAGCCGGGAGUCAAAGCGAGGGAAACCAUCGAUAGGUUGAGAACGGCGGGGAAAGAGGUCGUCGUCAUUUUGGCGGAUGUCGGCAAGAGGGUAGAAUGUCAACGUCUGCUCCAGCAACUGAGGGACCCGGCCCUCUCACUCCCACCACUCCGCGGCAUCAUGCACGCCGCUGGCUGCCUGUCCGAUGGCCUCGUGGUGGACCAGACGUGGUCAAAGUUUGAGGAAACGUUCAAUGGGAAAGUGUCGGGCGGAUGGCUUCUGCACGAGCUAACCUUGUCCUACAAUCUGGAGCAUUUUGUGGUCUAUUCCUCCAUCGUGGGCAUCUUGGGAGCCAUGGGUCAGAGUAAUCACGCGUCGGGGAACACUUUUCUGGACAGUUUGGUCCAUCACAGACAUUCGCUAGGGCUGAGCGCAACGUCGAUAAAUUGGGGUCAGUGGGGUCAGGUCGGGAUCGCGGCAGAGUUGGAGAUUGCGGGCCUAUCGCCAUUCACACCAGGUCAGGCUCUCGCAACGCUGGAAUUGGUCAUGAAGUCACAUCGUUUGCAGACAGCAAUUGUCAACGGUGACGUGGCCGUGUGGAAGCUCCUCUUCGCAUGGGCGGAGAAAUACUUGGAGGAGGUCAAAGUUCACAACACGAGGUCAAAUAGGAAGAAGGGCGUCGGUGGUGGGGAGGUUAGCUCCGACGUCACUUCAGCCUCGUUCUGGGAGGCGUUGGACAAGACGAGGGGCUCGCCGGGAGAGAGAAGUCGAGUCGUCGAGAAAUUGGUCAUCUCCGUUCUUCAUUGCAUCCUCAAAUUGGACGAGGGGGAGGAGAUUGAUGUCCACAAAGAAUUCCAGGACCUGGGUCUGGACUCGUUGAUGCUGGUGGAGCUGAGAAACAUUUUGCAAACUCUGCUCGGCCCAAGGAUCAAUUUGUCGCUGGGAACCAUCACGGAUCACAACACUGUGGCAUUGCUCAUACCCGUCCUCACCGAGUUGAUUUCCAGGGAGGACGCUGCUCAGGCUACUGUCGAAUCGUGAAACCUAAUUAUACUUCGUGUUCGUGUAAUUUACUCCUUGUAAUAAUAUAUUUUUUCGUAAUUGCUAAUGUGCUACAUAUGUAAAUGUGAUGUGAGUAUGAAUGUUUGCAAUUAGUUGUUGAGAAAAUAAUGAAUGUCGUGAAAAAUAGGGAGAAGACAUGGUGAUAAAACUGUACACCAUAUUUCUCCCGAAUUAAGGUCUGAUUCUCUUGGGACAUGACGGUCACACGGUCAAUACAUUUUGCAGGAUAAAGUAUGCCACUAUUACUAAAUUUCGCUAUUUAAUUGCAUACCUCUAUGGUUGAUGAACGAAUAAUUUCAUUAGUUGUGUCCCCAGAACAAGUU